ACAAAAGUUGCGGCAUAAGUACCAGUUAAAAAUGAAAAUCGUUAGCGUCGCACUUUGCCUGGUUCUUCCUUACGCAAUUGGCUUUACAUAUAACGUUCCACCCGACAAAUUACGUUAUUGGGACAACCUCAUAGAACAACACAAGCAGGAAUGCAUGGAGGAAAAUGGGAUUGAUCCUAAAGUGGGACAAACAUUUUUGUUAAGUCAAGAAAUACCAGACGAGGAGAAUUAUCGAUGUUAUAUGAAAUGUCUUGCUAAGGCUACAGGGAUUUACGAUACGACUAAUCAUGUUUAUCUGAAAGAGAGUACAAUGACAAAUCUUGGUAUAACAGAAGAGAUAUUCUAUGAAUGCUUCCAGCGGGAUGGAGAAGAUGACUGUGACAAGGUACACUCGUCCGUAGAGUGCCUUAUGCAGAAAUUCAUAGUUUGACUUGUUCAAAUUAAAAAUGUUUUAGUGUU